AAUGACUUCUGACAAUCUUCGGUCGAUGGCCGUCGGUGGCUCUGAACAUCUGUGAAGCAAGCAAUGUGCAGUGUUAAAAAUUUGGUAUUCCUCACGUGAGGCUUUGAAAUUUACAUAAAUUUAUAUAUUAAUCAUCGAAAUUAUUGUUUACAGUUGUAGUAUAUCAUAGCAGAAUGCAGCAUGAUGAUGUGGUCUGGAGUAUCAUUAAUAAGUCAUUUUGCUCAUAUAAAGUGAGUACUAUUAGCCAACGUUUCUGUAGAAAUGAAUACAACUUCAGUGGUCUGUGUAGCCGUUCGUCAUGUCCGCUUGCUAACAGCCAGUAUGCAACAGUCAGAGAAGAAAAUGGAAUAAUAUACCUGUACAUGAAGACAGCAGAGAGAGCAGCGUUCCCUAAAAACACAUGGGAGAAAGUGAAACUGUCGAGAAACUUUGAGAAGGCAAUUUAUCAGAUAAAUGAAAAUCUGUUAUAUUGGCCAAAUUACAUGAAGUCAAAAUGCAAGCAGAGGUUUGUGAAGAUCACUCAGUAUCUGAUAAGAAUGAGGAAGUUGACGUUGCUUCGGAAAAAGAAGUUGGUACCCCUUCAGCGCAAGAUAGAAGUGCGAGAGAGGAGGAGAGAAACCAAGGCUUUGAUUGCUGCACGACUUGACACUGCUAUUGAGAAACAGUUAGUGGAGAGGUUAAGGAAAGGAGUGUACGGAGACAUCUACAACUUCCCUCAGACAGCUUUUGAUAAGGCACUGGAAAAAGAAGAGGUGGAGGAGGAUGUGGUUGAUGUAGAGGAAGAAGAAAAAGAAAGAGAAGAAGAGAAAAAUAUGGAAGUGGAGAGAGAAGUUGAGAGAGAACUGGAAAGAGAGACUGUUUCAGAAUAUGUCAUGAUGAGUGAUGAUGAUGAUGAUGAUGAUGACGGCAGUGACACAGGUGGAGCUGAUGUUGAGGAAAAUGAUUCUUCUGCUGAAGUGACUUAUGUAGAUGAUAAAGACUUUGAAAUGUCAGAAACUUCAGACAUUGAGGAUGUGACACAUGCAAAGGUGGAACCAGGCACUUCAUCUAAAGAGAUGAAAAAACAGAAGCCACGACCUCCAAAACCAAUCACAUACAGGAAGAGCAUGAGGCCACGUGUUGAAAUUGAAUAUGAAUACGAACCUGCUACUACAGCAGAGAAAAAUAAAACUUCUUAUUGACAUUAAAAAAAUUGUCACUUAUAAAUAAAUAUACAAGAAUAAACUAUAAUUGUUUAUAUUCA